GGACAGGGCGUGGGGUAGCGGCGUUUCCGCCUGCGGGAAGCAGCGCGAGUGAGCUCUCAGGCGCUCGGCACAGUCAGUCAGCAACCCGCGCCUCAGCGGUGUGGCCGGAUGAGGGGCGCCAUGGAGCUGGACCCCGAGCUGUUGCUGCAGGAGGCCCGCGAGAACGUGGAGGCGGCGCAGAGCUACCGGCUGGAGCUGGGCCAGCGGCUGCAGGGACUGCAGGAGGCGCAGAGGCAGAUUAAAGAGAGUGCAUCACAGACACGAGGUGUCCUCAGGCAUCAUUUUAGUGAUUUGAAGGAGACCCUAGGGAAACUCCUGGAUGAGCGGCUGGUGACUCUUUUGCAAGAGGUGGAUACCAUUGAGCAGGAGACCAUUAAACCACUAGAUGACUGCCAGAAGCUCAUAGAGCAUGGGGUUAACACUGCAGAGGACUUAGUCCGAGAAGGUGAGAUUGCCAUUCUUGGUGGUAUAGAGGAACAGAAUGAGAAACUGUGGAGCUUUACCAAAAAGGCCUCACACAUUCAGUUGGACAGUUUACCAGAAGUGCCCUUGCUGGUUGAUGUGCCUUGCUUGUCUGCUCAAUUGGAUGAUUCCAUUCUUAACAUAGUGAAAGACCACAUUUUUAAGCAUGGGACAGUGGCAUCCCGUCCACCAGUGCAGAUAGAAGAGCUGAUAGAGAAGCCUGGGGGCAUCAUUGUGCGAUGGUGUAAGGUGGAUGAUGACUUUAUAGCUCAAGAUUACAGGCUUCAGUUCCGUAAAUGUAAUUCAAAUCAUUUUGAAGAUGUGUACGUAGGUUCUGAAACUGAAUUCAUAGUGCUGCACAUAGACCCCAAUGUUGAUUAUCAGUUCAGAGUCUGUGCUCGAGGAGAUGGCCGGCAGGAGUGGAGUCCUUGGAGCAUCCCCCAGAUAGGUCAUUCCACAUUGGUGCCUCAUGAGUGGACAACUGGCUUUGAGGGAUACAGUCUGAGCAGUCGAAGAAACAUAGCACUCCGGAAUGAUUCUGAAUCCUCAGGUGUUCUUUACUCCAGAGCUCCAACCUAUUUCUGUGGGCAGACAUUAACAUUCAGGAUUGAGACUGUGGGGCAGCCGGACCGCAGAGACAGUAUUGGAGUUUGUGCAGAGAAGCAGAGCGGGUGUGACUCCUUGCAGCGGGACCAAGCAGUGUGCAUCAGUACCAAUGGUGCAGUGUUUGUAAAUGGAAAAGAAAUGACUAACCAGUUGCCUGCAGUUACUUCUGGAUCUACUAUCACAUUUGACAUUGAAACUGUGACUCUUGGAACCACCAAUAUUAAUGAAGGCGGAAACUUUAAGCUCCGAGUAACUAUUAGCUCAAAUAACAGAGAAGUGGUGUUUGAUUGGCUACUUGAUCAGUCUUGUGGUUCUCUUUACUUUGGGUGCUCGUUUUUCUAUCCUGGAUGGAAAGUGUUAGUGUUUUAGAGUCUUGGAUACUUGGCUUUGUGUUUGCGGAGUCACCAUUGCUGUCUUCAGCCCAGUAUAGUUGUAACUGAUUAAAGAAGUUGAAUUCAUCUCUCAGGCCUCUGGAAAUGGAAAAUGUUUACUGGAUUCAUUUUGUAAUACAGUAUUUUAGUAAUAAGAGAGUUGAACAGUAUGGACAAAACCAUACUUCUGUCAAUUUUGCUUUUAGCAUAUUGUUAUUUAAAAAUAUCACAUAAGAAAGAUCAAAUUAGAUUUCAAGGGGCUGGAGAUUCAGCUCAGUGGCACAGCACCUGCCUGGCAAGUGCAAGGUCAUGAGUUCAAUCCCUGGUACAAAAAAAACACCACCAAAAAAGAUUAGAUUUGAGAUUCUAGCAAGAUACAAAAAGUCCUGGCCCUCUACUGUAGUUCUUCUUACACUUGAUUAUUAGAAGAACUUACUGUACUGUUCUUUUAUUAAAUCUCCAUCAAGAAUGAAGUCCUUGUAAGACUUUGGAAUAAAAGGACAGGAAUAGAGCUGUGAGAAGCCAGAGUUAUGGCACAUGCAUUCACUCGUGUGUCCUCUGUGAGUGUGCUGACAGUGCACUCUGCCUUCAGGGAUUUGAAAGCAGUAUUAAGUUUUAGCUCAUGGUCAGUCAUCUUUAUGUCUGGAAAGCUUUAUCAUUUCUGCAUUUUUUCACAAUGCCUGAGCAAGUGCCUGGAGUAGGCAGGUAUUAUCUUUGCGCUUUCCUUGCAGUUUGAUUCAAGAUAGGGUUGGGGUAUGUGCAGGCUGAAAUUCCUCGAGGCUCAGCAGUGUUAGCCCUCGGGCAUGUGCAGUUUCAGUGGGGUGUGUGCUGUGAGCUGUGGUCCAGUUUAAUGUCAGUUGAUAAAUGGUCUGUUAAUGGACCAAAGAAAUAUAGGGUAAAACUUGACCUAUUUUUUUAAACUUAAAUUUGUGUAAAAUAUUUAUUUGAAGGACUUACUUAAUAUGUUAAAUAAUGUCCUAAACUUACUAUAUUAGCCUACAGAUUUUUUAAUGUGAAUUUUCUUUUCAUAUUUACCAGCAGUAGAAAAAUGGGAAAGCAAGUUGAUAUUUUUGUAAGAUAAUUUAUUUGGGGAUUCAUGUUCCCUGUUAGACAAUCACGACCUUUCUUUUCGCCUUUAUAAAUGUAAGUAGCCUUUCACGUGUUUAGUGACUGUUACGAGGUUCAAGCAUGUAGAUGUCUUGUCUAGCUGUCUGAAACAAAAUAAAAAACUCAGAGUUAAA